AUGCUUUUUUUCGCUUUAUUUUUUCUCUAUUUAACUUUCCCUAAUAUUUCCCUCGCUAGUGAUGGUGGUGAAGUCGUGGAUGAAACGCCGUUUACGUAUGAGAAAACAACAGAGAAAGGACCUUUGGGGUGGGGCAAAAUAAAUCCUAAAUGGAAAGUUUGUAACACCGGAAGAUAUCAAUCUCCGAUCGAUCUCACUAACGCAAGAGUUAGUGUUAUUCGUGACCAAGCAUGGACAAGACAAUACAAACCAGCUCCGGCUGUAAUCCAAAACAGAGGACAUGACAUUAUGGUAUCAUGGAAAGGAGGUGCUGGCAAAGUGAUGAUACGUCGAACGGCCUUUAAACUGGUGCAGUGUCAUUGGCAUACACCGUCUGAGCAUACCGUUAACGGAACUAGCUAUGAUAUGGAGCUUCACAUGGUUCACAUGAGUGCGCGGGGCAAACUCGCAGUGAUUGCAGUUCUUUAUAAAAUCGGCAAACCUAAUGCAUUUCUCGCUAAGCUUCUAAAAGGAAUAAAAACAGUGGCAACAGAGGAGAAGAAUGUAGGGAUAUUGGAUCCAAGAGAGAUUAGAUUUCAAACCAAAAAAUUCUAUAGAUACAUUGGCUCUCUCACUGUUCCUCCUUGCACUGAAGGCGUUAUUUGGACCAUCGUUAAAAGGGUGAACACAAUAUCAUUGGAGUAA